AUGGAGGAAGAGGAAUAUGAGGAAGUUGUGGAGUACUACAUUGAGGAGACAGUUAUUGAGGAGGGUGAACCAUAUGAGGUAAAGGUAUCUGUGAAGUUGCUAGUGACCACAGAAUUCACAGGUCCCCAAACUACUGUAUAUACAGUUGAGCAUGAAGAGCCUUCUGUUCAUUAUGAAAAAUCCUCUGUUGAGCAUGGAGCACCUCCAGUCAGAAAGAAGAUAAUACGGACAAAAGUGGAUCCAUCUAAGUUUUUGACACCUUACCUCCAACACAGUAACAAAAUGAAGGACCUAUUCAGUGAGAAUAAAUACAAAGAAAAAUUUAUGAAAGAAAAAGGAAAGCCAUAUGCUUCCACAAUUGAUACACCAGAACUUCGUCGAAUCAAGAAAGUACAAGACCAGCUCAGUGAAGUCAAAUACCGCAUGGCUGGUGAAGUUGCUAGGACUAUUUGCCAUGUUGAUGAAAAGGCCAAGGAUAUAGAACAUGCAAAGAAGGUCUCACAGCAAGUGAGCAAGGUGUUAUAUAAACAGAAUUGGGAGGAGAAUAAAGACAAGUACCUACUUCCCCCUGAUGCUCCAGAACUUGUGAAUGCAAUAAAAAAUACUGCAAUGUUCAGUAAGAAACUCUACACAGAAGAUUGGGAAGGAGACAAAACAUUAUUCUAUCCAUACAAUGACAGUCCAGAACUCAGGAGGGUGGCCCAGGCGCAAAAGACUCUGAGUGAUAUUGUCUACAAAAAAGGGCACGAUGAACGUAAAUCUAAAUACACUUCUCUGCCAGAUCCACCUGAUGUGGAACAAGCCAAGAAAGUGACAAGGCAACUCAGUGAUAUUAACUAUCAUGAAGACUAUAAAAACAAGAUCAAGGGCAAGUGGAGUCAAACACCAUGCUAUGAUGUUGCAAUUGCCAAAAUGAAUUCAGAAAAUUUAAGUAUGAAAAAAUAUCAGGAAGACUUUGAAAAUAUGAAAGACCAAAUCUACUUUAUGCAAACUGAAACUCCGGAGUAUGAAGCUAACAAGCGACUUGGAAAUAAUGUCAGUAAGAUAAAAUACAGAGCAGACUAUGAAAAGAACAAAGCUAUUGCAGAUUAUAAUGUACUUCCUGCUACAGAGAACCCUUUGCUGAGGCAGUUAAAAACUGCAGGAAACGUGCUGAGUGAUAAAUUGUACAAAGAAGCCUAUGAACGAUCAAAAGGAACAAGCAUGAAUUACUGUGACACUCCAAAGUUUCAGAUUGACAGUGUUCUAAAGAAUUUUAGUGAUGUAAAAUAUAAAGAUGCAUAUCAAAAGAAUAUUUUAGGACACUAUUUAGGAAGCUAUGAGGACCCACACCAUACACACUAUAUGAAAGUUGAAGCUAUGAAGAGUGAUAAAAAUUACAAAGCAGAUUAUGAGGAGGAUAAGUCAAAAUGCUACUUCCCUCAGACUAUAACUCAAGAAUAUGAAGCUAUUAAGAAGUUAGAUCAGUGUAAAGAUCACACCUACAAAAAACAUCCUGAUCAAAUCAAAUUUACUCAAGUGACAGACUCUCCAGUGCAGAAGCAAGCAGAGAUCAAUAGCAAACAGCUUAGUGAUCUGAGAUACAAAGCUAAACAUGAAAGUGAGAAGUUCAAAUGUUCUAUACCGCCAGAUGCUCCAUUUUUCAUCCAGUCCCGUGUUAAUGCCUAUAACAUUAGUGAUAGUUGCUACAAGUAUGAUUGGGAAAAGGCUAAAGAUAAGGCGUUCGAAAUCAAAGUUGAUGCAAUUCCACUUCUUGCAGCUAAAGCUCACAGUAAAAUUGCAAGUGAUGUGCAAUAUAAGAAAGCAUAUGAACAGAGUAAAGGGAAAAUGAUUGGAGCCCUGAGUGUUCAUGAUGAUCCCAAGAUACUACAUUCCAUGAAGGUGGCCAAACAGCAGAGCGAUCGUGAGUACAAAUCGGCUUAUGAAACAUCGAAGACCAACUAUACGGCACCAUUAGACAUGAUCCCAGUUGUUCAAGCCAAAAAAUCUCAAGCAAUUGCCAGCAAUGUGGACUACAAAAACAUCCCUCAUAAUUACUUUUAUCCACCUGACAGCAUUAAUGUGGAGCUUGCAAAGAAAGCCUAUACUAUUCAGAGUGACAAUGAGUAUAAGUCAGAUUACAAUAGUGACAUGAAAGGUUGCGGCUGGAUACCAUUAGGAUCUCUGGAAGUGGAGAAGGCUAAGAGGGCUUCAGACAUUCUGAAUGAGAAAAAGUAUCGCCAGCAUCCAGACACUAUUAAGUUUACACAGAUUGAAGAUGAGCCUGUUAUGGUUCAGGCUAAAAUCAACCAGGCUCAAAGAAGUGAUGUACUGUAUAAAUCCAAAGGUGAAGAAGUUAUUCACAAGUAUCACCUUCCUCCAGAUGUGCCCCACUUUAUCCAGGCUAGAGUUAAUGCCUAUAAUAUUAGUGAUAACUACUACAAAAGUGGAUUGGAAGAAUUAAAAUCAAAAGGAUAUGAUCUAAGAAGUGAUGCUAUUCCUAUCAGAGCUGCCAAGGCUGCUAGACAGGCUGUCAGUGAUGUAAACUAUAAAAAAGGCUAUGAACUUGCCAAGGGUAAACUUAUUGGCUUCCAGAGCCUCGAAGAUGAUCCAAAACUAGUUCAUUAUAUGAAAGUAGCCAAGUUGCAGUCUGAACGAGAGUACAAGAAAGAUUAUGAGAAAACAAAAACUAAAUACAACACUCCACUGGAUAUGGUCAAUGUCGUGGCUGCCAAGAAGGCUCAAGAGAUUGCCAGCAAUGCUAAUUACAAGAACCUCCUCCACCACUACACUUAUCUACCAGAUGCAAUGAACUUGGAGUUGACCAAAAACAUGAUGGAGAUUCAGAGUGAUAAUGCAUACAAACAAGACUAUAACAACUGGUUCAAGGGUAUUGGAUGGAGUCCCCUGGGCUCUCUGGAUGUUGAAAAAGCUAAAAAGGCUGGAGAUGCACUAAACGAAAAGAAAUACCGUCAGCACCCAGACACCAUCAAAUUUACAAGUAUACCAGAUUCAAUACCAAUGGUUUUAGCUCAGCACAAUACCAAGCAACUGAGUGAUGUAACAUAUAAGCAAGAAGGUGAAAAAGUAAAACACAAAUACACUCUGGAUGCUGAUGUUCCACAAUUUAUUCAAGCCAGGGUCAAUGCCUUCAAUUUGAGCGAUGCUAAUUACAAAGCAGACUGGAAAAAAACUAUUGCCAAAGGAUAUGAUCUGAAACCUGAUGCCAUUCCUAUUAUUGCUGCUAAAGCUUCUCGAAACAUUGCCAGCGAUUACAAGUACAAGCAAUCCUAUGAGAAAGAGAAAGGCAAACAGGUUGGAUACCGUAGCUUGCAGGAUGAUCCCAAACUUGUUCACUACAUGAAUGUGGCGAAAAUGCAAUCAGACCGUGAAUACAAGAAGGAUUAUGAAGUCACGAAGACCAAAUACCACACUCCCUUGGACAUGUUCAGUGUGACAGCUGCCAAGAAAGCUCAGGAAGCAGUCACAAAUACAGGCUAUAAACAACUAAUCCACCAUUAUACACUCUUACCUGAUGCUGUGAACUUGGAACUAUCAAAAAAUAUGAUGCAGAUUCAGAGUGAUAAUGUCUACAAAGCAGAUUUUAAUAACUGGCUAAGAGGAGUUGGUUGGCUGCCAAUUCAAUCACUGGAUGUCGAAAAGGCCAAAAAAGCUACAGAGAUUCUUAGUGAAAAGAAAUAUCGCCAGCACCCAGACAAGCUGAAAUACUCCAUUACGAUGGAUGCCAUGGAACAGGUGCUUGCUAAACACAAUGCCAACACCAUGAAUAAGAGGAGCUACACUGAUAAAUGGAACAAAGAGAAGACCAGCAUUCAUGUUAUGCCAGACACUCCAGAAAUUCUGCAGUCUAGAGUGAACCAGAUCAACAUGAGUAAUAAACUAUACAAAGCUGAAUGGGAAGAAGACAAGAAGAAAGGUUAUGAUAUGCAGCCAGAUGCUAUUCCAAUAAAAGCAGCCAAAGCCUCGAGAGACAUUGCAAGUGAUUAUAAAUACAAACUAGCCUAUGAAAAAGCAAAAGGAAAGCAUAUUGGGUUCCGCAGCCUUGAAGACGACCCGAAGCUGGUUCACUUCAUGCAUGUGGCUAAGAUGCAGUCUGAUCGUGAAUACAAAAAAGAUUAUGAGAAGGCAAAAACUAAUUUCCACACUCCGGUGGAUAUGCUCAGUGUUGUGGCAGCUAAGAAGGCACAGGAAGUGGCUACAAAUGCAAACUACAGAAAUUUGAUCCAUAUUUACAACGUUUUGCCUGAUGCUAUGAGUCUUGAAUUAGCCAAAAACAUGAUGCAGAUACAGAGCAAUAAUCAAUACAAAGCAGAAUAUGAUGAAAAUAUGAAGGGUGUUGGAUGGAUGCCAUUGGGAUCUUUGGAAGCUGAGAAGAACAAAAAAGCCAUGGAAAUUCUCAGUGAAAAGAAAUACCGUCAGCACCCAGACAAGUUGAAAUACUCCAUUCCUAUGGAUUCCAUGAACAUAGCCUUAGCUAUAAAUAAUGCGAAAAUCAUGGAUGAGCACCAAUAUAAACAAGCAUGGGAAGAAGACAAAAAGAAAAUUCAUAUCACACCAGAUAUUCCACAGAUUGCUUUAGCAAAAGUCAAUGCAUUUAAUAUAAGUGAUAAAAUGUACAGACUUUCCUUUGAAGAAGCUAGGAAGAAAGGGUAUGAUCUCAGAGCUGAUGCUAUCCCUAUUAAAGCUGCCAAAGCUUCCAGAGACAUUGCUAGUGAUUAUAAGUAUAAAUUAGGUUAUGAACAAGACAAGGGAAAACUUGUAGGCUUCCGCAGUCUUCAGGAUGAUCCCAAGCUUGUCCAUUACAUGCAAGUGGCGAAGAUGCAGUCUGAUCGGGAGUACAAGAAAGCCUACGAGACAAGCAAGACCCAUUACCAAACACCUUCUGAUGCCCUCAGUAUCAUGGCAGCUAAGGAGGCACAGGAUCGUGUAACCAACGCUAACUACAAGCGACUCAUUCACAACUAUAUGCUUCUACCAGAUGCCAUGAGUUUAGAGCUGUCCAGAAACAUGAAUCGGAUACAAAGUAAUAAUGAGUACAAACAGGAAUACAAUGACUGGUAUAAGGGUGUGGGCUGGAGUCCUGCUGGCUCUCUUGAUGUGGAGAAAUCUAAGAAAGCUACAGAAAUUGCAAGUGACCGGAAAUACCGCCAGCAUCCCAGCAUGUUCCCCUUCAAAAAAGAGAACGAAGCCAUGGACAUGGUGCUUGCAAAGCACAAUGCAGGGAUAAUGAAUAAACAUGAUUAUAUUCAAGCUUGGGAGAAGGAUAAAACUCAGAUCCAUGUGAUGCCAGAUACACCGGAUAUUCUACAGGCUAAACAGAACAGUGCAAACUACAGCCAGAAACUGUACAAGCUCGACUGGGAAGAAAUGAUAAAGAAAGGCUAUGACCUCACACCUGAAGCCAUUUCAGUGAAAGCUGCCAAAGCUUCAAGGGACAUUGCAAGUGAUUACAAGUACAAAGAAGGAUACCGCAAGCAACAGGGACAUCACAUUGGAUUCCGCAGCUUACAGGAUGAUCCAAAGAUGAUGUGGUCGAUGCAAGUAGCUAAGAUGCAGAGUGAGAGGGAAUACAAAAAAGAUUUUGAAAAGUGGAAGACUAAGUUUAACAUGCCUGUGGAUAUGCUGGGCUUCCUUCUGGCUAAGAAAUGUCAGGAACUUGUGAGUGAUGCAGACUACAAACAUAUUCUACACCGCUGGACUUGUCUGCCAGACCAGAAUGAUGUCAUCCAAGCAAAGAAGGUCUACGAACUACAGAGUGACAAUCUGUAUAAAGCAGAUCUACAGUGGCUCAAGGGUGUUGGAUGGAGUCCCUUGGGAUCUUUGGAAUCUGAAAAGAACAAGAAAGCUGCUGAAAUUCUGAGCGAGAAGAAGUACCGGCAGCACCCAGAUACUAUUAAGUUCACAAGUGUCCCAGAUGCCAUGAAUAUUGUUUUAGCAAAAUCUAAUGCCAAAAAUAGAAGUGAUAUACUGUAUAGAGAAGCAUGGGACAAGGACAAGACUCAGGUUCACAUCAUGCCCGAUACUCCUGAAAUAUUGCUGGCUAAAUCAAACUUAAUCAACACAAGUGAUAAACAUUACAAGUUAGGAUAUGAAGAACUGAAGAAAAAAGGCUAUGAUCUUCCUCCUGAUGCCCUACCGCUGAAGGCAGCAAAGGCAUCCAGAGAAAUAGCUAGUGAGUAUCAAUAUAAAACAGCUUACCGGAAGCAGCUUGGCCACCAUGUUGGAGCACGCAACAUAGAGGACGACCCCAAGAUGAUGUGGUCCAUGCAUGUAGCCAAAAUCCAGAGUGACCGUGAGUACAAGAAGGCCUUUGAGAAGUCCAAGACCCACUUCAGUACCCCGGUGGACAUGCUGGGAAUUGUGUUGGCAAAGAAAUGCCAGGAGCUGGUCAGCGAUGUGGAUUACAAGCAUCCCCUGCAUCGGUGGACCUGUCUGCCAGACCAAAACGAUAUUGUACAGGCCAGGAGAGUGUACGACCUGCAGAGUGAUAACGUGUACAAGUCGGACCUGCACUGGCUGAGGGGCAUUGGCUGGACGCCGAGCGGUUCGUUGGACGACGAGAAGAAUAAGAGAGCCGGCCUCAUCCUGAGCGAGAAGAAGUAUCGGCAGCACCCGGGCACCAUCAAAUUCACGAGCCCUCUGGACUCGAUACCAAUGGCUCUGGCGAAGCACAACUCUGAGAUUAUGAACCACCGCCUCUACACGUCAGCUUGGGAGAAAGAUAAAACGAGCAUCCACAUAAUGCCAGACACACCUGAAAUUGCGCUAGCGUAUCAUAACCAAAUGAACCUCAGUGAGAAACUGUACAAGCUUGCCAUGGAAGAAGAGAAGAAGAAGGGUCAUGACCUGCGAGCAGAUUCCAUUCCUAUCAAGGCUGCAAAAGCUUCCAGAGAUAUAGCAAGUGAUAACGUGUACAAGUCGGACCUGCACUGGCUGAGGGGGAUUGGCUGGACGCCCAGCGGUUCGUUGGACGACGAGAAGAAUAAGAGAGCCGGCCUCAUCCUGAGCGAGAAGAAGUAUCGGCAGCACCCGGGCACCAUCAAAUUCACGAGCCCUCUGGACUCGAUACCAAUGGCUCUGGCGAAGCACAACUCUGAGAUUAUGAACCACCGCCUCUACACGUCAGCUUGGGAGAAAGAUAAAACGAGCAUCCACAUAAUGCCAGACACACCUGAAAUUGCGCUAGCGUAUCAUAACCAAAUGAACCUCAGUGAGAAACUGUACAAGCUUGCCAUGGAAGAAGAGAAGAAGAAGGGUCAUGACCUGCGAGCAGAUUCCAUUCCUAUCAAGGCUGCAAAAGCUUCCAGAGAUAUAGCAAGUGAU